AUAUGCAACGAGUAGCCACGUAGUAAUUCAUCCUCAUCCUAAAUUAAAUUUGGUACCUUCAAUUCAAUUAUAUAAGCAACACUAUUAUACUAUCACUCUUUGCUUCCCACUCUUUCUCUCUCCUCCCCUUUUCAUUUCUUUGUUAAAUCACCUAAAAUGGCGUUUCCUAUGCCUGUUCGUCAACUCUUCAUCGAUGGAGAGUGGAGAGAACCCAUUAAAAAAAAUCGCAUCCCCAUCAUUAACCCUUCCACUGAGGAAAUCAUCGGUGAUAUUCCGGCAGCAACUGCAGAGGAUGUUGAGGUUGCAGUGGUGGCUGCUCGAAAAGCAUUUAAGAAGAACAAAGGCAGAGAUUGGGCUGCAACUUCUGGUGCUCAUCGUGCUAGAUACUUGCGUGCUAUUGCUGCUAAGAUCACAGAAAGAAAAGAUCAUUUCGUUAAACUGGAAACUCUUGAUUCUGGAAAACCAUUUGAUGAAGCAGUGUUGGACAUUGAUGAUGUUGCUUCAUGUUUUGAAUAUUUUGCCGGUCAAGCUGAAAAGCUGGAUGCCAAACAAAAGGCUCCAGUCACCCUGCCUAUGGAUAGAUUUAAAAGUCAUGUUCUCAGGCAGCCCAUUGGUGUUGUUGGAUUAAUAUCCCCAUGGAAUUACCCACUUCUAAUGGCCACAUGGAAAAUUGCACCAGCACUUGCUGCUGGAUGCACAGCUGUACUUAAACCAUCAGAGUUGGCAUCUGUGACUUGUCUAGAAUUCGGUGACGUUUGUAACGAAGUGGGACUUCCUCCUGGUGUGUUAAAUAUUUUGACAGGAUUAGGUCCUGAUGCUGGUGCACCAAUAGUAUCUCAUCCUGAUAUUGACAAGGUUGCUUUUACUGGGAGUAGUGCCACUGGCAGCAAGAUUAUGGCUUCUGCUGCCCAACUAGUUAAGCCUGUUACGUUAGAGCUUGGAGGUAAAAGUCCGAUUAUUAUGUUUGAAGAUAUUGAUAUUGAUACAGCUGUUGAAUGGACUAUUUUUGGCGUUUUCUGGACAAAUGGUCAAAUCUGUAGUGCAACGUCUAGACUUCUUGUGCAUGAAAGUAUUGCAACCGAAUUUGUUGAUAGGAUGGUAAAAUGGACGAAAAACAUAAAAAUUUCUGACCCGUUUGAGGAAGGAUGCCGGCUUGGCCCUGUUAUUAGUAAAGGACAGUACGACAAAAUUAUGAAUUUCAUAUCAACAGCAAAGAGUGAAGGGGCAACUAUUUUGUGUGGAGGCUCCCGCCCUGAGCAUUUGAAGAAAGGGUAUUUUAUUGAACCCACCAUUGUAACUGAUAUCUCCACAUCCAUGCAAAUAUGGAAGGAGGAAGUGUUUGGUCCUGUCAUAUGUGUUAAAACAUUUAGUACUGAAGAUGAAGCCAUUGAAUUGGCAAAUGAUACACAAUAUGGUUUAGCUGCUGCUGUGUUUUCUAAAGAUCUUGAAAGAUGUGAGAGGGUAACUAAGGCUCUAGAAGUUGGAGCUGUUUGGGUUAAUUGUUCACAACCAUGCUUUGUUCAAGCUCCAUGGGGAGGAAUCAAGCGUAGUGGAUUUGGACGUGAACUUGGGGAAUGGGGUAUCGAGAAUUACUUAAAUAUCAAGCAGGUGACUAGCGAUAUUUCUGGUGAACAAUGGGGCUGGUACAAGUCUCCUUGAAGGUGGAAGAAAUUUGAAUUCCGGCAUUGUAGCAAAGUGAACUGUGGUGAGACUGGAUCUUGAAAUGAUUCACGGAGGUCUAGUUUACAGUAUGAAUGGAUUAAAUAAAAGGUUAUUUGAUGCUGGAGUCCACUCUUCUUUUUUUUUUUUUUUUUUUUUUUUUUUUGAGGAAAUGCUGAAGUCUACUUAGCAAAGCUUAAUUUUGUUGUGCGUUUUAUUACUUCAGACAAUUGAAUCAGAUCGAAAAAUAAGAUGCUACGUAGUUUGACUAUGAAAUU